CCGCCCGACGCCGACCCUUGCUGACGCGACCCCCCACCCCACCUGUCGCCCCCACUUUGGCAUCCAACCCACGCCAACAAAGGCCAACUUGUCCUCUUCCUCGGUGAGCAGCCCUUCAAAAAACCCACGACUUGGCCGCCCACCUCCCACGGCUCUUUGCUAGCGCGCGCGAGUGAGCAGAGCACCUCGCCCGUCUCGUCGACACCCAGAAGUCGCCCACGUCGCGGGCUGUGCAGCAACUGCCAGCGGCAAGCGAGAGAGAAGAGCCAGCGGCCAAGCCAAGAAGAGUGUGUCGAGCGCUAUGGAGGUGGGCGGCGCGCUGGCGCCCGUGCUCUUCGCGGCCUUCUCCUUGCCCUGCCUCCUCCUCCUCCUCGUGCUCGGCGAGGCCGGCUUCCGCAUCGCCGCGCUCGCGCUCCGCGGCGGGCAAGCCUGGCCCACGCGCUGCGCGUUGCUCGGCUACCGCAUCGCCCGCCCCGGCGGCUCCUCCUACUCCUCGGUCUUCCGUGAGGACGACGAGCCGCCGCUGCCGCGCGAGUGCUGCGACCGCCUGGCCGUCGCGGUGUACCGAGGCGAGCAUGCCGGGCCGGAUCCAGAGUGCGUGUUCUGCCUGUCGGCGAUCCGCGACGGCGAGGAGGUGCGAGAGCUCCGGUGCCGCCACGUCUUCCACCGCGCCUGCCUCGACGCCUGGCUCGUCCGCCCGCGCGCCACCUGCCCGCUCUGCCGCGACCGCCUCCUCCCCUCCGACCCGCCUCGCUCCUGCGGCGCCGCUGACGACGUCGACCUCUCCUCCUCCUCGUCGGCCGCCGCCGAGGCAGCAGUCUCCGCCUACGCCCACGGCGGCGCGCUCUGGCACAUGACGUGAAUACAUUUCCUUCCUUCUUUUUCCUUGUUACUUGUAGUUAAUUGGUCUUGUGUGUUGUUGGAGCUGCUUGAUCGGAUGACGACGGCUCACCAGCCUCUCUUCUUCAAUCAUCUCCAGUCCUGUCCGUGUCUGUACCAUCGUUUACUUCUACAGCGGCAGGCGCGGUCGGCAAGCGCGAUCCUUGAAGCGCGGUGGUUAGCGUGAGUUACCCCGGUUCAAACGGCAGCCGGUCCAACUGUGUUGAGGCGACACGCGCGCGCGCAGGGAUCAGGCAGCCAUGCACGAUAGCUACAGUUGCGUGGACGCGCCCCACGUGUCGAUCUGUCGAUGGGCCACGCUUCUUUGUAGCAGAGCACCGAGCAGUAGUACUAGUAAAAGGCCUCGACACCACGCAAAGGCGAUGUCCGAACCUCCAGGCAGUGCGCUGUCCUCGGAUGUAGACUCAACAGUUCCUGUUUGUUUUAGAUUUGGACGAUGAGAAUCUAAUUUAGUACGUAAAAUAUAUGAAAGUUUUUUAUUAUUAGAUUGUAGAAGUUUAUUAUGGAUCGUAAGAUUUUAUAGUAUAAUUUGAUUGGUUGAUUGUGAGAGUUAA